AUGCAACCGUCGGCGGAAGACAUGGCCGAUGACCUUGACGCCCUCAGCUUCGAGUCCACCACCACCAACAACACAGCCACGAGUUCCGGGUCCGAAACUUCCGGCAAGGCCCGACCACCCGUCUCGGGGGAUCCGCGUUGGGAUGCCAUCCGCAGGGUACGACGCGAAUCCGGGCACAUCCACCUGGACGAUAUCCGGUUCAUCCGGCGGCUUGGGAGCGGCGACAUUGGCAGCGUUUACCUCGCGGAGCUAAAAGGCGCCGGUGGGUGUUCGUUCGCAGCCAAGGUAAUGGACAAGAAGGAGCUCGCUAGCAGGAACAAAGAGGAUAGGGCAAGGAUAGAGAAGGCAAUACUGGAAUUGUUGGAGCACCCAUUUUUGCCCACGCUUUAUGCCACCAUGGACUCUCCCCGGUGGUCAUGUCUGUUGACGGAAUUCUGCCCUGGCGGCGACCUUCAUGUUCACCGGCAACGACAGCCAGAGAAGAGGUUUCACGAAACAGCAGUCCGGUUCUAUUCAUCAGAAGUUGUGGCUGCCCUUGAAUACCUCCACAUGAUGGGAAUUGUAUAUCGCGACCUAAAGCCCGAGAACGUGCUCGUCAAAUCAGACGGUCACAUAAUGCUAACCGAUUUCGAUCUCUCCUUAAAAUGCGACAGCCCGCCAUCAACGGCGCAGCUUGUUUGUGAUCAAAACAAACCACCCCCAAACUCAUCCUAUAUUGACGAUCCCACUCGCUCAUCAUGCAUUAUACCCAAUUGCAUCGUGCCAGCAGUCUCCUGCUUCCGUAGGAAACGCAGGCGCCGGAGAAGGCCAGGCCAUCGUGGGGCCCUGGAGAUAGUAGCCGAGCCAAUCGACGCUCGGUCCAUGUCAUUCGUCGGGACCCACGAGUACUUGGCCCCGGAGAUUGUCUCCGGCGAUGGUCACGGCAAUGCGGUGGAUUGGUGGACCUUGGGGAUAUUCAUGUUCGAAAUGUUUUACGGUGUGACGCCGUUUAGAGGGACGGAACAUGAGCUAACCUUAGCCAAUAUUGUGGCUCGAGCCCUGGAGUUCCCCCAGGAGCCGGUCGUGCCCGCGCCGGCGAAGGACUUGAUGGCGCAGCUCUUGGUCAAGGAUCCGUCGAAGCGCAUGGGAUCGGUGAUGGGGGCUGCUGCGAUCAAGCGUCAUCCAUUCUUUGAUGGGGUCAACUGGGCACUGUUAAGAUGCACGCCUCCACCUUUCAUCCCAUGCACCGUUACACACCGGAAAUUUGCUGCUAAAAACGAUGAUUGUCCUAAUGCUUCCAUACACAGUACUGUCAGUUAUUUUUGA